AUGGAUUGCUUCUUGGAAGGAAAAAUUAUAAUGAAUGUUGGUGGAUAUACCAAAUUUCUAAUUGGAUGUUGUUAUACUAUAAAGAAGGGCAAAAACAAGGAUUAUGGAGAGAUCUAAUAUAAAAUUAUAGAGAGUAUAUUUAAAUUUUAAAUCAUCAAAAGUUAAGCACGAGUUUACGAAAUUGGAAAAUACAAUAAUGACAAGAGGAUCGGAUAAUGGUAUUAUAUUUACUAAUUAAGUAAAAAUGUAAUUAUUAAAUAAUUAUUCAGUGAUGGUGGGUUCUACAAUAAUUAAGGAUAAAGGAAGGGAAAUAGAUUGAGUUGGAUGAAGGAUUUUAAAUUUAAAAAUAAAUCAUUUAUAAUGGUUAAUAUAAUAAAAAAGGGGUAAAGAUUGGUAAAUGGGAUAUUGGCUAUUGUUUAUAUUAUGAGUAGGAAUAUAAAUUAAUGUAAAAAUUAUAUAAUUAUAGGCGUUAAUAUCUUACGGGUGGUGGAUCAAUUGAUAAAAAUUGGGAAGUGGAUAGAGUUGUGGGAAGGUUUUUAAUCUAUGGCUUAAGUCAUUUCUAAUAGUUUAUAGAAUUUUAAGUGUAUGAAGAUUGGUUAAUGGGAUAUUAAUUAUUGUGAUCCUGAUGAUAGAAAUGGAUAUAAAUAAAUGUAAGUCAAUAUAUUAAUAUAUAAUUUUUCUAUAUCGCCUAUUACUCUAUUAGAAUUCAUUAUGAUUAAGAAUAAAAUUUAAAUACAUAAAUUUUUAAUGGAUAAUAACACAUCAGAUUAAUUUUUGGAUAGUUUAAGAAAAUAACAUUAAUUCUGCUAUCAAUUGAAUUUAUUUUUUCAACAUUUCUGCAAUCUUCGUGUAUAAAUAAGCAUUUAAUAAUCAUUAUUGAUUGAUUAUCAAUUCUCUACUAUGUGGGAAAGUAAUUCAACAUUAUUUUAUAUUUACAUAAAGGUGAGAUUAUAUUAUUUUUCAAUAUCAGGUUGA